AUGAAAAGCGGAACCUUGAAAGGCCGUAUCUUGGAAACUAUAAGAGAUACGACUGUUCCAGUGGUACCAAAUGAUUCAGAAGGUUCCAAAUAUUCUAAAAAUGUUGGAAAUUUUGUUUGGAAAUUUUUGGUUCUUUUAGGAAAAAAUGUCAAAGUUGACCAUUUUUUGGCCUAUAAUCGUUUGAAAAGCGAAACUUUAAAGGGCCAUAGUGUGGAAACUAUAAGAGGUACGACUGUUUCAGUGGUACCAAACGAUUCAGAAGGUUCCAAAUAUUCUAAAAAUGUUGGAAAAUUUUUUUGGAAAUUUUUGGGUUUUCCAGGAAAAAAUGUCAGAGUUGUCCUUUUUUUGGCCUAUAAAAGUAUGAAAAGCGGAACUUUGAAAGGCCGUAUCUUGGAAACUAUAAGAGGUACGACUGUUUCAGCGGUACCAAACGAUUCAGAAGGUUCCAAAUAUUCUAAAAAUGUUGGAAAAUUUUUUUGGAAAUUUUUGGUUUUUCCAGGAAAAAAUGUCAGAGUUGUCCUUUUUUUGGCCUAUAAAAGUAUGAAAAGCGGAACUUUGAAAGGCCGUAUCUUGGAAACUAUAAGAGGUACGACUGUUUCAGCGGUACCAAACGAUUCAAAAGGUUCCAAAUAUUCUAAAAAUGUUGGAAAUUUUUUUUGGAAAUUUUUGGUUUUUCCAGGAAAAAAUGUCAAAGUUGACCAUUUUUCAGCCUAUAAACGUUUGAAAAGCGGAACUUUAAAAGGCCGUAUCUUGGAAACUAUAAGAGAUACGACUGUUCCAGUGGCACCAAACGAUUUAGAAGGUUUCAAAUAUUCUAAAAAUGUUGAAAUUUUUUUUGAGAAUUUUUUGGUUUUCUCAGGAAAAAAUGUCAAAGUUGACCAUUUUUUGGCCUAUAACCGUUUGAAAAGCGGAACUUUAAAGGGCCAUAGUGUGGAAACUAUAAGAGAUACGACUGUUUCAGUGGUACCAAACGAUUCAGAAGGUUCCAAAUAUUCUAAAAAUGUUGGAAAAUGUUUUUGGAAAUUAUUGGUUUUUCCAGGAAAAAAUGUUAAAACUGACCAUUUUUUGGCCUAUUAAAGUAAGAAAAGCGGAAAUUUAAAGGGCCAUAGUGUGGAAACUAUAAGAGGUACGACUGUUCUAGUGGUACCAAACGAUUCAGAAGGUUCUAAAUAUUCCAACAAUAUUGGAAAUUUUUUUUGGAAAUUUUUGGUUUUUCCAGGAAAAAAUGUCAAAGUUGACCAUUAUUUGGCCUAUAAACGUUUGAAAAGUGGAACUUUAAAAGGCCGUAUCUUGGAAACUAUAAGAGGUACGACUGUUCCAGUGGCACCAAACGAUUAAGAAGGUUCCAAAUAUUCUAAAAAUGUUGGAAAAUGUUUUUGGAAAUUAUUGGUUCUCUCAGGAGAAAAUGUCAAAAUUGACCAUUUUUUGGCUUAUAACCGUUUGAAAAGCGGAACUUUGAAAGGCCGUAUCUUGGAAACUAUAAGAGGUACGACUGUUUCAGUGGUACCAAAAGAUUCAGAAGGUCCCAAAUAUCCCAAAAACCUUUGACACUCAUUAGUUUUCCCUGGAAAAGGUUCGAUAAAGACCCCUAGACACUC